UUCCACUUUGCGUUGCUACAACGCACCGCCCCAAUCAUCAUAACCUCUUUUAUUCACUCAACAAUCUUUUCUCUAACUCUUUAUAAUAAUUUCUCUUCACUCCUACCCUUCCAUACUUCACUUUCUCCUUCUUCAACUCCAACUUCACUCGUCAUCAUGUCUUUCAGAGGCCUCAGCAGGCCAAAUGCUUCAUCGGGCAUGGGUGUUGCUGAUCACAGCAAAAACACCUUCAUGGAACUGAAGCAGAAGAAGGUCCAUCGUUAUGUGAUCUUUAAGGUUGAUGAGAAGAAAAGGGAGGUUGUGGUUGAGAAGACCGGUGGCCCCGCUGAGAGCUAUGAUGAUUUCGCUGCAUCUUUGCCUGAGAAUGAUUGCAGAUAUGCUGUCUUUGACUUUGAUUUCGUCACUUCUGAGAAUUGUCAAAAGAGCAAAAUCUUCUUCAUUGCAUGGUCUCCUUCAACUUCUCGGAUCCGUGCCAAGAUGCUCUACGCCACAACUAAAGACAGGUUUAGACGUGAGCUAGAUGGUGUUCAUUAUGAAAUCCAGGCUACUGACCCCACUGAAAUGGAUCUUGAAGUGCUGAGAGACCGUGCACAUUGAAAUGUUUAUGUACUCAUUCAUUUUCUUUUCAGAUUCUACUAGGUUUUUACUUUCAAUGAAUUGCAGAGCCCAUCUUGCCACAGAAAUAUGCCUCCAAUAAUAUGAAUCUGAAGGGGGAUGGGUUUAAAGCUCUGAGCUGUCAUUACUGUAAAUCCCCCAAUUUACUGGUCCUGUAUUAUAGAGCGUGACUUUAUGAUAAUGUGGUGGAUAUACAAGUCUUUGCUUGUAGCUCUAGCAAAGAAUCUCUAGAAAGUUUCAAAACUUGCAUUAUCAAUAUUUUCUUCUUAAAAUUAA